AUGUCAGACAGUGAAUCUGAUGGCUUCAUCAUGGAUGAUGGGGGAAGUGAAUCCGAGGGGUACAUUCAACCUGCCAAAGCCAAGAAGCCUGCAGCAGAGAAGAAAGCCCCUGCUAAGAAAGCAGCCGUCCCCAAAGCACCUAAAGCACCAGCAGCUAAGAAAGCUACCACCAAGAAAACUCCUCUAGCUUCUAAGAACCUACCAAACGAUUCAAUCUCCGAAGAUGACUUCGAUAUGGAGAAUUCUCCUGUAAAAGCAAAAGCGCAAGCAAAGGUCGUAGAAGAGAAUGACGAAGAUCUGGGUGCUGGACCAAGUGCUGCGGUCCCAGCAAACAAGAAGAGUGCGAGUGAAGUUUACCAAAAGCUAUCACAAAGAGAACACGUUUUGAAACGUCCGGAUACGUAUAUCGGUUCGGUAGAAGCUAUCUCUCAAAAGAUGUGGGUCUUUGACGAAGAGUCCAAGGGUAUGAUCUACAGAGAUAUUACCUUUGUACCUGGUUUCCUCAAGAUUUUUGAUGAGAUAUUGGUGAAUGCAGCGGACAACAAGAUCAACGAUCCUACCAUGGAUUCCAUCAAAGUCACCAUCGACCGAGAAAAGAACACCAUCUCCGUCUAUAACAACGGUAAAGGUAUUCCAGUAGAAAUGCACAAGAAGGAAGGCGUCAUGAUCCCGGAACUUAUCUUCGGUCAUCUACUAGCGGGAAGUAACUUCGACGACGAUCAGAAGAAGUUGACCGGUGGUCGUAACGGUUAUGGUGCUAAGUUAGCCAACAUCUAUUCCACCGAGUUCAUCGUCGAAACCGCCGACAAGGUCAACGGUCAGAAGUACAAGCAAGUCUUCUCGAACAAUAUGGACAAGAAAGGCACGCCCAAGAUCACCGAGAACAAAAAAGGCGAAGAAUGGACCAGGAUCACCUUCACUCCUGAUCUACCUCGAUUUGGUAUGACUCGAAUCGAUGACGAUACCAAUGCUUUAUUGAUGAAGCGAGUAUAUGAUAUGGCUGGUACAGUCAAGGAUAUCAAGGUAUUCUUGAACGAUGAAAGACUAAAAAUCAAAGGUUUCAAGCAGUACGUCGAAAUGUACGUCAACUCCGCUAGUGCAUCCACGUCCGCCGAAGGUGCGGCUAUGAAUAAGCCUCCUCUCGUCUACGAGGCCGUGAAUAAACGAUGGGAAAUCGCUUUUACGCUAUCUGAGGGGGAAAUGAAACAAGUCUCUUUCGCGAAUUCCAUUGCUACUACAAAAGGUGGUACACACGUCGACAUGGUCUCCACUCAGCUCGCCAAUAAGCUUUUGGAACAGAUCAAGAAGAAGAACAAGGCUGCUCCCGUCAAACCCUUCCAGGUUAAAAAUCACAUGUGGAUCUUCGUCAACGCCUUGGUCGAAAAUCCCGCUUUUGAUUCUCAGACCAAAGAGAAUUUGACGCUCAAAUCGUCUGCUUUUGGAAGUAAAUGUGACCUUUCGGAAGAUUUCAUCAAGAAAGUGGCCAAAACCGGUAUCAUCGACAACGUGCUCAGCUGGGCUCGAUUCAAGCAAGAUCAGAUAAUGAAGAAGACCGACGGUGCUAAGCGAAGUCGAGUCGGUGGUAUCGUCAAGCUGGAAGAUGCGAACCACGCUGGUGGCCGAAACGCCAAAAACUGUACCCUGAUCCUGACAGAAGGAGAUUCCGCCAAAGCAUUGGCUGUGUCUGGUUUAGCCGUUGUUGGACGUGACGAAUAUGGAGUCUUCCCAUUGCGAGGUAAAUUGCUGAAUGUGCGAGAAGCCGGUCACGAUCAAAUCAUCAAGAAUGUGGAGCUUCAGCAUAUCCGUCAAAUCCUCGGUCUCAAACACAAAGAGACUUAUACUUCGACCGAUAGUCUACGUUAUGGUCACUUGAUGAUUAUGACUGAUCAGGAUCAUGAUGGUUCGCAUAUCAAAGGUCUUUUGAUCAACUUCCUAGACCACUUCUACCCAUCUCUUCUAAGAAUCCCCAACUUCCUUUUGGAGUUUAUCACUCCCAUCGUAAAAGUAUGGAAAGGUAAACAAGAACACACCUUCUACACCAUGCCCCAGUAUGAAGAAUGGAAAGCUGCCAAUAACGAUGGUCGAGGUUGGGAAUCUAAGUAUUACAAGGGUCUGGGUACGAGUGACUCGAAAGAUGCCCAGAAAUACUUUGCUGAUCUCGACCGACAUCGACUCGCCUUCGAUACCCUGAAGGACGAAGAUCGAGGCUUGAUUGACAUGGCGUUCAACAAGAAGAAAGCGGAUGAUCGAAAAGAAUGGCUCCGACAGUUCAAGCCUGGUACUUUCCUUGACCACGAUAUCGACGUAGUUCCCAUCUCUGAUUUCGUCAACAAGGAACUUAUUCUUUUCUCGAUGGCCGAUAACUUGCGAUCGAUCCCAUCAGUGGCAGACGGUUUGAAACCUGGUCAACGUAAAGUCAUGUUCGCUACUUUCAAGCGAAACCUUACCAAAGAAAUCAAAGUGGCUCAGUUGGUCGGUUACGUUUCUGAAAAGACCGCAUACCACCACGGUGAACAAUCCUUGGCAUCUACCAUUGUUGGUCUAGCACAGACAUUUGUCGGAAGUAACAACAUCAAUUUGCUCUCUCCAAACGGUCAAUUCGGUACACGUCUUUCAGGUGGUAAAGACGCUGCCAGUCCUCGUUAUAUCUACACUGCUAUCCCUCGAAUGACUAGAGCCAUCUUCCAUCCCGCUGACGAAGGCUUGCUCAACUACCUUAUUGAAGAAGGUAUGAGUAUCGAGCCAGAUUACUACCUUCCUACCGUUCCUUUGGUCUUGAUCAACGGUGCUGAUGGUAUCGGAACUGGUUGGAGUACUUCUAUCCCCAACUUCAACCCAAUCGAAAUUGUUGAAAACUUGCGCCGAUUGAUGCGAGGUGAAGAGCAGGAGAAGAUGAACCCUUGGUUCCGAGGCUUCAAGGGCUCUAUCGAGCGAAUUGAGCAGGACAAGUACAAGGUCAGCGGCAUCAUCGAGAAGAUUGACGAUAAGACUAUCGAGAUUACUGAAUUGCCCAUCCGAAAAUGGACUCAAGAUUUCAAGGAGAUGAUCGAAGAGAUGACCACUGGUACGGAUAAGGUCCCUGCUACCAUCAAGGACUACGAAGAACACCAUACCGAAUCUACAGUCCACUUCAAAUUGCACUUGAACGAAGCCAACAUGAAAGCUGCCGAGGCAGAAGGUCUCGACAAGCGAUUCAAGAUGACCACGACGCUCAGCACGGGUAAUAUGGUGUGUUUCGAUCUUAAUGGAAAGAUCAGGAAAUAUACUUCCGCCGAAGAGAUCUUGUCGGACUUCUACGGAAAGCGUCUAGAAUACUAUGGUCUGCGAAAGCAAUGGCUCGCCGACGAGCUGAACAAGCAAUUCGAAAGGCUUUCCAAUCAAGCUCGAUUCGUUCAGAUGAUCAUCUCUAAAGAACUCAACGUCAACAACAAGAAGAAAGCUGUCAUCGUCGAUGAGCUUAGAGCUUUGAAAUUCCGACCUUUCCCUAAAAAGGUCCAAGCUAAAGAUGCUGGGGAAACUGAAGCAGCUCUUGAAGAAGAAGACGAGGGUAUGGCCAGCGACUAUGAUUACUUGUUGGGUAUGGCUAUCUGGAGUUUGACGGUGGAGAAGGUCAACAAACUUCUUGCCGAAAGAGAUGCUAAAGAAGGAGAGCUCAUCGAGCUCCUCAAGCUAUCUCCUCAGGAUAUCUGGAACACCGAUUUGGAUAAGUUCCUCGAAGAGUGGAAUAUUUUAUUGGAGAACGAUGCUCUCGCUCUCAAAGGCUUGAAACCCAAGACCAAAGGCGCCAUCAAAGCUGCUCAGAAGAAGAAGAAGAGAGCUGCAGGUGAAGAUACCGACGAUGACGAGGAUGAUUUCAAACCCAAAGCUGCGGCCAAACCAAGAGCUAAGCCUAAAGCUGCUGCUGCUAAGACUUCACCUGUCAAGACGUCUCCAUCUAAGCGGGACAGUACCAAUGUCUCAGAAGACGGUGUGGACGUCAAACCUGCUGCUAAGAAAGUAGCUGCAGCUAAACCUGCUGCCAAACCAAAAGCUAAGAUUGAGACCAAGAUGGAGCUUGAUGAUUCCGAUGACGAUAUGUACACCAUCCCUGCUCCUAAAGCCUCUACUGCGGCCGCAUCCAAAGCCAAACCUAAGGCAACGAUAUCAGUGAUCGACGAUGAUUCAGAUAGCGCGCCAAUCAAGCCAAAAGCCAAAGCUCCACCCAAAAAGAAGGCAGCAGCUAUAUCUGAGGAUUCAGAUGCAGAUAUACUGCCAGCUAAACCUGCCGCCGCUACUAAAGCCAAGAAGGCGCCUGCAGCCAAGGCUAAGAAAGUCAAAGAAGAAUCGGAAUCUGAAUCUGAAUUCAAUGACUCGAUGCUAGUAGAUGACUAUGAGGCUUCACCUGUCGCUCCCAAGAAACCAGCUGCCAGAGCAGGCAGGGGAGCGACUAAGAAACCUGCUUAUAUCGAGAUGUCUGAUUUGGACGAUGAUUCGGAUUAG